AACAAACCUAACUAUGGCCGUCUUCAUGUCACUCAGAAGUUUCAGUCCCUAACAAAUUCAUUUCACUCUUCACUCUUCACUCUCUCACUUCAUUCACACCGCCUCCAUGGACAAGAUCAAAGCUAAAUACCAACUUCAAAAUGAAGAUUAUAAACCUUCACCUGUAACCGCUUUAGCCACCAGCGUCGAUGGUUCACGCGUCGCUGCAUCGCGUGAAGACGGUUCUUUAGAGCUUUGGCUUGUUUCUCCUAAUACAGUUAAUUGGCACUGUCAAUUGGUUAUCCAUGGAGACCCUAAUAGGAUUGUUUCGUCGCUAAUUUGGUGUCCUGGUGGUUUAAAAGGAUUUCCUUAUGGUCGUUUAUUUUCGUCCAAUAUUGAUGGUUCUGUUUCGUUCUGGGAUUUCUUUCAAUUGAAACAAACGAUGGUGCUUGAAUCUAGUGGUGCCUCAAUCUGGCAAAUGGCUGUGGUGCUGCCUAAAAGUGACCAUGGCGAAACCAAUGGUUAUAGAAUGGGAAAUGGUUAUUUGAAGAGAUUUCAUGGUUCAGAUGAACAUGAGAACAGUGAUAGUGAGGAAGAUUCCGAUUCACCUGACGUUAUAAAGCAAUCCAGUUUAGAGGAUCCAAGAGUGGCAGUUGGUUUUGACGAUGGAUGUGUUAGAGUUUAUACUAUUUCUGAUGAAAAUGAGUUUAUAUAUAAAAAAUCCUUAACCCGGGUUGAAGGACGAGUUUUAAGUGUGACUUGGAGCACGGAUGCUAAAUUCAUAUUUUCAGGAAGUAGUGAUGGGAUAAUACGAAUCUGGGAUGCUAAAUCAGGUCUUGAAGUCCAUAGGAUUACAGCUAAUUAUGGAGGUGUGGGAAAUGGACAUAAACUUUGUAUAUGGUCAUUACUGUAUUUAAGGUCUGGGACACUGGUUAGUGGAGACAGCAGUGGUAGCGUCCAGUUUUGGGAUGUCGAAAAUGGAACUUCCCUAGCAAUUAUUACUGGACACAAGGGAGAUGUACAUGCUCUGGCAGCAGCCCCUAAUCACAAUAUGCUGUUCUCUGCCGGUUCUGAUGGAAAGGUUCUUCUUUAUAAGGAGUCUACGUCAACAAUCGAGAAAUGGAUCUAUGUUGAUUAUAAGAAAGCUCAUACACAUGAUGUCCGAGCCUUGACCGUUGCUGUGCCGAUAAGUCAAGAAGAUACUUUGCCAGAUGAAAGGAUAAAAAGAGCACGACAUGCAGCAAAGCCAAAUGAUUUUAGUUAUCAUAAAUGGGCUCAUGUGGGGGUUCCCAUGCUUAUCUCAGCAGGAGAUGACACAAAACUCGUUGCAUACCCCGCACAACAAUUCACCGAGUAUGAUCCUCAUCAUAUGUGUCCUAUUCCUCAGAGAACACCCAUUCAAGUAGCACUUAAUACUUCCUUCAAUCAAUUACCAAUGCUUUUACUCCAGUCUUCGCAUUGGGUAGAAGUCCGUUUGCUACAUCUAAAAAAUGUUCGCACAACUGGAGGCUAUGCAAAGGCUGAAGGUGUUGGCCGAGUCAAGAGUAAGGCAUCUCGUAAGAUAAUUUGUAGCACCCUUGCAAAUUCAGGGGCUUUUUUGGCAUAUUCUGAUAAUGCAAAGCCUUGUCUUUUUAAAUUGGAGAGAUCCAAAGCUGGAAAAAUGACAUUGGGUUUCGAAAAGAGGAAGCUUCCUGAGAGAUUACCUUUUGCCCAUUCAAUGGUUUUUACUUGUGACUCCUCUUGGUUGGUAGUAGCUGGGCAUGAUAGAAGGAUAUAUGUUUUGGAUGCCAAUAGCUCAGAAAUAAUACACACUUUUACACCCUUUCGUGAACCUCAAGAUGAUGGAUUACCACCAGCCGAACCACCCAUCACAAGAUUGUUUACAAGUUCUGAUAGGCAGUGGUUGGCCGCCGUGAAUUGCUUUGGGGAUAUAUAUGUAUUUAACUUGGAGACACUAAGGCAGCACUGGUUCAUUUCAAGAUUAGACGGUGCCUCUGUUACAGCUGGGGGAUUUCCGCCCCAGAACAACAAUGUACUGAUAGUUACAACUUCCUCGAAUCAAGUGUAUGCUUUUGACGUAGAGGCCAGGCAACUGGGGGAAUGGUCAGUGCGGAACACAUUUGUUCUUCCCAGGAGAUUUCAGGAGUUUCCUGGUGAAGUCAUCGGGCUUUCAUUCCCUCCCUCGUCAACUUCAUCUUCUGUGAUGGUUUAUAGCUCCAGGGCAAUGUGCUUGAUUGACUUUGGCUUGCCCGUGGAGCAAGAUGAUGAAAUCAUACAUACUCAAGAUUCAAUAGUCAAGAAUUCACAAAAUUUUAACCUUAAGAAAAGGACUAAAUUUAGGAAAAAUUUUGACGUUUUGCCGUUAGGAAACGAUCCUGUGUUAUUUUUAUCCCACAUUUCAAAUAAUCACUUCUUAAUGAUAGACAAACCCUGGACGGAAGUGGUCCAAAGCUUAGAUGUUGAACCAGUCCACAGACACAUAUAUGGGACAUAGACCACUACCAAAUAGAAUUACUCUCAGCUUCAGGGGAUUCAUCAUAGUGAUAAAAGUCCCUUACUGUUGUUACACUUUCUGUCUCUCCAUGGCUGGGAUUAAGAAUCAUGUAUUGUGUUGUGAUAAUCAAUUUUGUUCUAUUAAUAUUAUUAGUUUUACGUUAUCUUUUGGUAGUCAGUUAUUUUGUUUCUUAUCCUGACCCCAUUUUCCCGCUUGACACAGUAGAUUUUUGUGCUAUACUAUAAUAUACUAACAUGAACAGUUUGUGCA